UGCAAUUUCAUUCCUUGUACAUCGCAAACGUCAAAUCAUUGUGGUUGGUUCGACAAAAGAAAACUGCAAAUUAUGUUUAGGGAUAUUUUGUUCUAUGUGAAUGGUAAGAAGGUCGUAGUUAAUGAUUUGCAGCCCCAAACUACUUUGCUUCAUUUUCUACGCAACACACUGAAGUUACCAGGUACAAAACUAGGGUGCAGUGAAGGAGGAUGUGGAGCUUGUACAGUUAUGGUGUCCAAAUAUGAUCACAGCAACAGCAAGAUAUUACACUUUACAGCAAAUGCUUGUCUUACUCCAGUGUGUUCUGUUGAAGGCAUGGCUGUAACUACAGUAGAAGGGAUUGGUAGCACUAAAACAAGAUUGCACCCAGUACAGGAAAGAAUAGCCAAGUCKCAUGGAUCCCAAUGUGGGUUUUGUACUCCUGGUAUUGUAAUGUCAAUGUAUACAUURUUGAGAAAUAACCCUCUGCCUACUCAAAGUCAAAUGGAAAGUGCUUUUGAAGGAAAUCUUUGCAGAUGUACAGGAUAUCGCCCCAUUCUUGAAGGCUUCAAAACAUUUACAAAAGAGUUUUGCUGUGGUGGCAGUGGUAAUCAAAAUGGAUGUUGUAUGCAGCAAAUGAAUGAACGUAUGGAUGGAGAUGAAGAUGGAGGUAACUGUGAGGCACUGUUUGAUGCAAAAGAGUUUUUGCCUUUGGAUCCAACACAAGAGCCAAUCUUUCCACCGGAACUGAUGUUGCCACAGGCUACCCAGCCACGCAGCUUGCACAUUAAAGGUGAUUAUGUAACAUGGAUAAGACCUUCAACAUUAGAGGAACUACUGGAGCUAAAGAAUACAUACCCACACGCUAAGCUGGUGGUUGGAAAUACUGAAAUAGGAAUCGAGACAAAAUUCAAGAAUCAGAAUUACCCGAUCCUGAUUGCAUCUACUCACGUCCCUGAACUGAAUGUUGUGCAACAGACAGACACAGGUGUGAUCUUUGGAUCAUCUGUAACUUUGACAACCAUUGAGGAGACACUGAAGGAUCUUGUGGAACACUUGCAAGAAUUCCAGACCAGAACGUAUUCAGCGAUUCUAGAAACACUGCGAUGGUUUGCUGGUCAGCAAGUCAGGAACGUGGCAUGUGUUGGUGGUAACAUCAUAACAGCAAGUCCAAUAUCAGAUCUCAAUCCUAUCUUCAUGUCAACUGGAUGUACUCUUACCGUAGCAUCAAUUGGUGGAAAACAAAGAGAGAUCAAGUUUGAUGAACAUUUUUUCCGUGGUUACAGAAAAACAUGCCUUGAACCCAACGAGGUUUUGAUAUCCAUCCACAUACCUCACACCCGUCAGAAUGAGUACAUGUUUGCCUAUAAACAAGCUCGACGUCGUGAUGACGACAUUGCCAUCGUGAAUGCUGGCAUGAGAGUGAGGCUAGAGAAGAAUGACRUCACUAAUUUGUUAAUGAUAAAGGAAUGUAGUCUGUGUUAUGGUGGAAUGGCACCAACUACUGUCAUGGCCUUGAAGACAUCUAAAGCACUCAUUGGAAGGGUUUGGGAUGAGAGUAUAGUUGAGUUUGGUUGUAGUUUAUUGGAACAAGAUUUACCACUAGCAGCAAAUGCACCAGGUGGACAAGUCAGUUAUCGACGUUCUUUGACCACCAGUUUCUUCUUCAAGUUCUAUCUCAUUGUCACUCACAAACUCAGCCAAACUCUUGAUUCUUGCGUUUCUCGUCCACCAAGAGAAUGUAGGAGCGCAGCGAAAUUCGUAGAGCGUAUUCCAACGCGAAGCAGUCAAACCUUCCAGAAAGUCCCACGAGACCAGUCUGUCGAUGACGUAGUCGGAAAACCAAUACGUCACCUGUCGGCCCUUAAACAAGCUACUGGAGAAGCUGUUUACAUUGACGACAUGCCCAAAUAUAGAGAUGAGUUGUUCUUAAGCCUCGUACUCAGCCAAAGACCUCACGCCAAAGUCAUAUCAGUGGAUACAAGUGAAGCAACCAUGAUGCCUGGUGUUCAUGCAUAUAUCAGUGCCGAUGACGUACCAGGCUCUAACCAGUUUGGACCUGUUGUUUCCGACGAGCUGGUCUUUUACAAUGAAGAGGUGACGUCAACAGGACAGGUGAUUGGUGCUAUUGUAGCAGAAACUCAAGCCCAGGCUCGACGUGCUGCUAAGGCCGUGAAGAUUGAGUACGAAGAUCUACCAAGGAUCUUGACCAUUGAGGAGGCAAUAAUGGCCCAAUCCUACUUUAAACCAAGCGUGUGUCUAGAGAAAGGCGAUCUAGCUGCAGGAUUCGCUAGGUCGGACCACGUGAUUGAAGGAGAGAUGAGAACUGGGUCUCAGGAGCACUUUUAUCUGGAGACUCAAGGUACAAUUGCUGUGCCGAAAAAUGAAGAUGGAGAAAUGGAGCUGUACUGUUCGGCUCAGGACUUGACGCUUACUCAGUCUGUAGUAGCCAAGGUGCUGGGAAUACCUGGUAACCGUAUUGUAGUACGAACAAAAAGACUCGGAGGAGGAUUCGGUGGUAAACAGACUCGUUCUAUAUUCCUGACGUGUGUCGUUGCUGUUGCUGCUAACAAGAUGGGGCGUCCUGUGAGGUGCACACUAGAUCGAGACGAGGACAUGAAGGCAACAGGAAUGAGGAAUGCCUUCCUGGCUAAGUACAAAGUUGGUUUCAAGCAAGAUGGCACCAUCCAGGCAUUAGAUGUUAACUUAUACAACAAUGCCGGUUACUCACUAGAUUUAUCUCGCUCUGUUAUGGACCGUGCUGUGUUUCACUCUGAAAACUGUUACCGAAUACCCAACAUCCGAGUAGAAGGCUGGUGCUGCAAGACCAACAUCCCUUCCAACACAGCAUUCAGAGGAUUUGGUGGUCCCCAGGGAAUGAUGUUUGCUGAAUCGUGGAUCAACGAUGUCGCAAAGACUUGUGGGAUUUCCCAGAGUAAGGUUCGUGAGAUGAACUUUUACAAAGAAGGUGACUUGACCCACUACAAUCAAAAGCUGACAGGCUGUAAUAUCAGUCAAGUAUGGAAUGAACUGUUAGAAAAAUGUGAUUAUGAAAAGAGAAAACACGACGUGGAGCAGUUCAACAGUUGCAAUCGAUGGAGGAAGCGUGGACUAGCAGUGGUCCCGACAAAGUUUGGAAUUGGUUUCCAGGAACUUUUCCUCAACCAAGCUGGUGCCCUGGUUCACGUGUACACAGAUGGGUCAGUCUUGGUUACUCAUGGAGGAACAGAAAUGGGACAAGGUCUGCACACGAAAAUGGUCCAGGUAGCAGCUCGUGCUCUGGAUAUUCCGAUCUCCAAGAUCCAUCUGAGUGAAACAAGUACAAAUACCGUCCCCAAUACCUCCCCCACUGCAGCAUCUGUGUCCUCUGAUCUAAAUGGCAUGGCUGUCAAGGUUGCAUGUGAGGAAAUAAAGAAGAGGCUUGCACCAUUCAAAGAAAAGAACCCUGAAGGACCAUGGGGAGACUGGGUUAAUGCGGCCUACUUGGAACGCGUUAGUCUGUCUGCGACUGGCUUUUACAAGACCCCUGAUAUUUGGUUCGAUUGGGAACAGGGUUCUGGUGCUCCAUUCAACUAUUUUUGUUACGGCGCUGCAUGUUCUGAGGUCGAGAUCGAUUGUCUCACUGGAGAUCACCAGAAUUUGCGCACAGACAUCGUGAUGGAUGUUGGAACCAGUCUAAACCCUGCUAUCGAUAUUGGUCAGAUUGAGGGAGGAUUUACUCAAGGCCUUGGUCUUUUUACAUUGGAAGAAGUACGUUUCUCUCAACAAGGUGCCUUAUGGACGACAGGGCCUGGAGCUUACAAGAUUCCUGGAUUUGCAGACAUCCCUGUCAAGUUCUCAGUUCACCUCUUACGAAGCGCGCCAAAUGAGAACGCUAUCUACUCUUCAAAGGCUGUGGGUGAACCACCACUGUUUUUGGCUGCGUCAAUAUUCUAUGCUAUCAAGAACGCCAUAACAAGUGCCAGGCGUGAUGCGGGUAUCGAGGGUGUGUUUAGGUUGGACAGUCCAGCUACAUGUGAACGCAUAAGAAUGGCUUGCGUCGACAAAUUCACUAAACAGGUAUCUGUAAGUACCACGACUGGUAUAAUGCACACCUUAUAUUAGUGAAAAACGUUGUAAGAAAUUGCAAAAUU